AUGGACACAACAGUUGUACAUUUAGGAAAUUAUGAAUUCGUAAUGGAUGAACCUGUUAAGGACACAGUGGUACGAGACGCAAAAAGUAUUUACAAGAAAAUAUUACACAUCUGUUUUCAUCAGUAUGAUGACGAUAACACCUUAAAGAAAUGGGAUUUAUGGGGAUCUUUUAUUGUCUACAUAACACUUUCUAUAAUCAUAUUUUUAGAUAACGAAGUUUCCGACAAGAAAAAUACAUUUGCCUUUUUUUUCUUCUUCUUCAUGGUUGGACAUAUUUUAGUUUCCCUAAAUUUAUCCCUCCUACACACGAAGAUCAUAUCACAUUUUCCUAUAUAUAUGAUUUUACUCGUGCACUUAUACACGUAUUUAACUUUUCAUCUCCAAUUUAGACACUUUUUUCAGUUAUUCUGUAUAAUUAGCUAUUCACAAUUCCCAUUGGUAUUUUCCGCCUUUGUAAAUUUGUUUAUAUCCUGUAGAAUGAUACGACUUUUAUUUUCCAUUUGCGCAGUGAUUUGGUCCACGUACAAUUGCAUCCUCAUUUUGACAAAGUUCAUAAAAAAGAACAGAUUUGGGAUUUGUUUUUUCCCAAUUUGUUUGCUGCAAUUCUUUGUUGCUACCUUUUUGUUGAUUAAGUAA